AUGCGGCCCCUGCUCUGCGCGCUGGCCGGGCUCGCCCUGCUCCGCGCCGCCGCUGCUGAACCCUUCAUGCCCUCCCAUGGAGACCCAGCUUGGAACACAGGGUGUGACAGACACAUGGCUAUCCACGGCCGUUUAGACGUCAUAGAGGAGACGGUGGAGAAGACGGUGGAACACCUGGAGGCAGAAGUGAAAGGCUUGCUGGGUCAGCUGGAGGAGCUGGCCUGGAACCUGCCCCCGGGGUCUUUCAGCCCCACGACCCCCGACCUCCUCGGAGAAGCCUGGCAUCCGGACGGGGCUUCGGGAAGAGCUGGCACAGUUCACCGGGGUCCCACCCAGCGCCGCCAGGGGCACAGCGCUGCUGCCUCCUCCGCUGGCCAUCUUCCCGCCUCAAAGAUGGCUUUGGAGCACCGGAGCCAGAGCUGCCCGGCAACUGGAAAUGACACGCCCGUGGUGCAGCUUCUCUGGGCACAGAGUGGCACAUGGUGGCCUGCCUUCCUCAGCUUUGUGCACAAUAAAAGCUACUCCCUUGGGCCUCUGUGUCUGCUGACCGUGACCCCUAUAGCCACAGCCCCUUCUCUGUCCACUCCCACGCCCUGA